AUGACUAUCUUUGCGCCUUACAUAUAUGCCUGGAGCAAAGAUGAAACCAAAGAGUUUCGGGUCUCCAACUUGAGAGACGCCUCUCGCAUCGGUUUGAACAGUGUGACUCUGGCUUUUUUGACCAACGAUCGCUAUGAAGAAAUUGAGCAGUGGAUAGACGAUGUUCGUCAGUUCCCAGGACAGGUAAUUAUUUCCAUCGGCGGCGCAACAGGUGAGUAUCCUUCAGAUUGUCGGUCUGUUGAAGAAGAGGCUUCUCGGCUAAUCGACCUGGUCCGCAGGGCGGGAUUCAAAGGGAUCGAUCUGGAUAUUGAAGGCAGUGUUUUAGAGAGGCACAGUAAGGUUGCAAAAAUUGCCAAAAUAAUAAACCUCGUUCAAAGCCAUUUCGGCACGCAAUUCUACGUCUCGCUUACUCUUCCUAUUGAGUUCGAGGGCGGACUGAACGAUGACGCUCUUUUGGCUCUGGAUGCGAUGGUCAGCAACAACGUCCGUAUAAAAGUGGUCAAUGCUAUGAUCAUGGAUUAUUACACUAAGCUGCCCCACGGAUCCAACUGGGGAGCCGAAAAUAUUCGCAUUCUGAAAGACAUGAACCGCCAAUUGCGAUCGAAGCUGCAUUUAACCGAGGAUCAAGCUUGGAGAAUGACUGGAUUAUGCCCAAUGAUAGGCUACAACGACGACAAUACGGUGUUCUCGCUCAACGACUUUGAUAGAGUUUUAACUUUUGCCAAGUCAAAAAAUGUCGCUCUGGUGACCUAUUGGGCGAUAAAUAGGGACCAGGUGGCUCCGAGACGCGAUAUGUUGAAGUUGAAGAAGAACGUGUAUGCGUUUUCCAACGCACAGAGCCGCGACCUCGAGUAUUGUCACAAGGUGCAAGAGCACUUCAAUUGA